AUGGCAUCUGCAAUGAAGUUUCAGUACUACUCGAAGAAAGCCGCGGGAAAGACAAUGUCCAACAGUGUCUCCAUGUCUAGCGACACCCGUAUGGAGGACUUCAAAAGAAGAUUCCGUCGCAGUGGAUCUCUUGGAAUCCCAUUUGUCCCAGAAGAAGACGUCAAGCAGCUCUUCACCCCGACUCGCACCAUCCGCAAGGAGCCAUCAAUCCGCGAGGGAGAUGAGGAUGAAGGCGUUCAAAUCUUGACGAUUAUCGUCAAAUCGAGCCGCGUCUCUGAUGAUAUCUCCAAGAUGAUUGCGAAUCUUCCGGAUCAUACCCGUGUCAAGCAUCUGGAAACUCGCGAUAGUCAGGAUGGAAGUACUAAAACUAUGGAUGUACUUCUGGAGAUUGAACUCUUCCAUUACUCGAAACAAGAGGCGAUGGAUUUGAUGAGAUUGAAUGGAUUGGAUGUUCAUGAAGUCUCUUUCACUAUUCGUCCAAUUGACAUCAAGGAACAAUAUACUGAACCAGGAUCCGAUGAUGCAACUACUGGAUCCGAAUGGUUCCCAAAGAGUAUCUAUGACUUGGAUAUCUGCGCCAAGAGAGUUAUCAUGUAUGGUGCUGGAUUGGAUGCAGAUCAUCCUGGUUUCAAAGAUACCGAGUAUCGUCAACGUCGUAUGAUGUUUGCCGAGUUGGCUCUCCAUUACAAGCAUGGAGAGCCGAUUCCGAGAAUCGAAUACACGGAUUCGGAGAGAAAAACAUGGGGUGUUAUUUACAGAAAGUUGCGCGAGUUGCACAAAAAACAUGCAUGUAAACAGUUUCUCGAUAACUUUGAACUUUUGGAGAGACAUUGUGGAUACUCGGAGAACAAUAUUCCACAGUUGGAAGAUAUUUGCAAGUUCUUGAAAGCCAAGACCGGUUUCCGUGUCCGUCCUGUCGCUGGAUAUCUCUCCGCUCGUGACUUCUUGGCCGGAUUGGCUUAUCGUGUAUUCUUCUGCACCCAAUACGUUCGCCAUCAUGCCGACCCAUUCUACACUCCGGAACCAGACACUGUUCACGAGCUAAUGGGUCACAUGGCGCUAUUCGCUGACCCAGACUUUGCUCAAUUCUCGCAAGAGAUUGGGUUGGCUUCUUUGGGAGCAUCAGAGGAGGACUUGAAGAAACUUGCAACGCUUUAUUUCUUCUCGAUCGAAUUCGGAUUGUCUUCUGAUGAUGCUGCCGACUCUCCAGUGAAGGAAACCGGAUCAAACAAUGAGAGAUUCAAAGUUUAUGGAGCUGGUCUUCUCAGUAGUGCUGGAGAGUUGCAACAUGCCGUCGAGGGAAGUGCAACUAUCAUCCGUUUCGAUCCAGAUCGUGUCGUUGAACAAGAAUGUCUUAUCACCACCUUCCAGUCUGCCUACUUCUACACUAGAAACUUUGAAGAAGCACAACAGAAAUUGAGAAUGUUCACCAACAACAUGAAACGUCCAUUUAUUGUCCGUUACAACCCAUACACUGAGAGCGUCGAAGUCCUCAACAACUCUCGUUCCAUCAUGUUGGCAGUUAACUCUCUCCGUUCAGACAUCAACUUGCUCGCCGGAGCUCUUCACUACAUUCUAUAA